AUGUCACUACAGCUGAGAACUUCAGAAACAACUACAGCCGACUCUCCUACUACACCAUAUGCAACUAUACCAACUACUAUACCAACUAGUGACACUAUUACAACAGCUGAGAGUUCAGAAACAACCACAGCCAGCUCUUCUACAACUACACCAGAUGCAACUAUACCAACUACUGACUCUGCCCCAACAACUGAGAGUUCAGAAACAACUACAGCCACCUCUCCUACAACUACACCAGAUGCAACUAUAUUGACUACUGACUAUGUCACUACAGCUGAGAGUUCAGAAACAACUACAGCCACCUCUCCUACAACUACACCAGAUGCAACUAUUCCAACUACUGACUCUGCCACAACAGCUGAGAGCUCAGAAACAACAACCAAAUCUCCUACAACUACACCAGAUGCAACUAAACCAAUAACUGACUCUGCCACUACAGCUGAGAGUUCAGAAACAACUACAGCCGACUCUCCUACAACUACACCAGAUGCAACUAUACCAACUAGUGACACUAUUACAACAGCUGAGAGUUCAGAAACAACCACAGCCAGCUAUUCUACAACUACACCAGAUGCAACUAAACCAACUACCGACUCUGCCCCAACAGCUGAGAGUUCAGAAACAACUACAGCCACCUCUCCUACAACUACACCAGAUGCAACUAUUCCAACUACUGACUCUGCCACAACAGCUGAGAGCUCAGAAACAACAAUAACCAAAUCUCCUACAACUACACCAGAUGCAACUAAACCAAUAACUGACUCUGCCACUACAGCUGAGAGUUCAGAAACAACUACAGCCGACUCUCCUACAACUACACCAGAUGCAACUAUACCAACUACUGACUCUUCCACAACAGCUGAGAGUUCAGAAACAACUACAACCAAAUAUCCUACAACUACACCAGAUGCAACUAAACCAAUAACUGACUUUGCCACUACAGCUGAGAGUUCAGAAACAACUACAGCCGACUCUCAUACAACUACACCAGAUGCAACUAUACCAACUAGUGACACUAUUACAACAGCUGAGAGUUCAGAAACAACCACAGCCAGCUCUUCUACAACUACACCAGAUGCAACUAUACCAACUGGUGACACUAUUACAACAGCUGAGAGUUCAGAAACAACCACAGCCAGCUAUUCUACAACUACACCAGAUGCAACUAAACCAACUACCGACUCUGCCCCAACAACUGAGAGUUCAGAAACAACUACAGCCACCUCUCCUACAACUACACCAGAUGCAACUAUAUUGACUACUGACUAUGUCACUACAGCUGAGAGUUCAGAAACAACUACAGCCACCUCUCCUGCAACUACACCAGAUGCAACUAUUCCAACUACUGACUCUGCCACAACAGCUGAGAGCUCAGAAACAACAACAACCAAAUCUUCUACAACUACACCAGAUGCAACUAAACCAAUAACUGACUCUGCCACUACAGCUGAGAGUUCAGAAACAACUACAGCCGACUCUCCUGCAACUAUACCAACUAGUGACACUAUUACAACAGCUGAGAGUUCAGAAACAACCACAGCCAGCUAUUCUACAACUACACCAGAUGCAACUAAACCAACUACCGACUCUGCCCCAACAACUGAUAGUUAUGAAACAACUACAAACACCUCUCCUACAACUACACCAGAUACAACUAUUCCAACUACUGACUCUGCCACAACAGCUGAGAGUUCAGAAACAACUACAACCAAAUCUCCUACAACUACACCAGAUGCAACUAAACCAAUAACUGACUCUGCCACUACAGCUGAGAGUUCAGAAACAACUACAACCGACUCUCCUACAACUACACCAGAUGCAACUAUACCAACUAGUGACACUAUUACAACAGCUGAGAGUUCAGAAACAACCACAGCCAGCUCUUCUACAACUACACCAGAUGCAAUUAUACCAACUAGUGACACUAUUACAACAGCUGAGAGUUCAGAAACAACCACAGCCAGCUCUUCUACAACUACACCAGAUGCAACUAUACCAACUACUGACUCUGCCCCAACAACUGAGAGUUCAGAAACAACUACAGCCACCUCUCCUACAACUACACCAGAUGCAACUCUAUCAACUAUAACUUCCCCAACCACACCCACUACAUCUACUAUCACAAAACCUCCAAUAAUAUGUGAAAAUGGUGGAACUCCAACAGCUAAUGGUUGUUAUUGCCCCCCUGGUUUUACAGGAAGUCUGUGCACAAAUGUAAACAAUGAAAUCCCACUUCCAGAUUCAAUUGAAACGACAACCAUUGCUGAAAUAGAAAUAAACAAGGAAUAUGUCCCUCAAUACCAAAAUACAUCCUCACAAGAAUAUAAAGAUUUUGUACAGGACUUCAGAGUUCAGAUGAUACCGUACUACGAAACCAAGAUUGAAAACUUCUUAAAUAUAACAAAUAUAACACUGAGUGACGGAAAUUCUUUAAUGGGCCGAAUGGAGAGUAAAUUAAUAGAGAUGGAAGUAUCAAUUUCUAAAAGUGUGAAGGUUAAGCAUGAUAUUGUUGUAACAAUUGAAAACAACAAUGUAAAUGAAGGCUAUAAUGAGGUGUUUCAGUCUGUCAAAAAUGCUGUUGAAUCAGUUACAAAAUGCACUCCCACAACCACUGCAUGCCCAAACUUUACUGUUACCGAUGUCCAGGUCAACAAAACUGAAUUGGAUCAAAAAGAGUACUGUGAUCAAGUUACAGCAAUGUUUCCUGAGGAGUACCGUCAGUAUUUCAUUGCUGCUACUGUGAUGGGUAAACUAACAUGUAUCAACCAAUGUCAUCCUGAUCAUCCUACUCCAAAGAUCUGCAUGAACAAAGGUACCUGUGAGGUUUCCAAGCAAGGACCAACCUGCUACUGUCUUCAGACAGAUGCAAAUUGGUAUCUUGGAGAAGAUUGCAAGUACCAAGUUCACAAAGUGGGCUUCUAUGCUGGAGUGACAGUUGUCGCUGUGGUUUUACUGAUAGCUAUAGCAAUGCUUUCAGCAUAUGUCUUCCUUAAUAAAAGGAAAGAGAAGAGGAAUAAAGACACCAAGGAAGCCCUUGUGAAUCAGUGGAUAGAUGAUGACUUUGAGUGGCCCUCACAAAAAAGAACAAACACAUCUCUUUCAGUUCUUAAUGAAACCUAUGAUAAUCCUGCACAAUCAAAUGAGAACUUCAGCCAGAGUACCACAGCUCAGACAGCAACCUCUUCCACAGAACGAUACUUCCCCCAAUUCAACUUGCCUGAAAAUGAAAUCUCACUUCCUUCUCUGCACAACAAUUACCUUAUGCGAACCAGCAAGUCUUUGAUCCACACAUCUAUGGCCAGAAAUGUAUAACUUGUACACCUGGAUGUAUGAUGAUUAAUUCACAAAACUAAAAACUAGAAGUGAAAAAUACUCUGUACAAGAUGAUGGACAGAUUCUAAAGGUUUAUACCAUUUCGUUUUUGUAAAUUACAUUUGAUGCAAGACAAACACUACACAAUCAUGAAUAAGAUCUUUAAAUGAAAAGUAUAUAUAAUAUAUAUAUUAGUAUUUAUUAAUUAUUUAUUUAGACUAUGUAUCUUUGAACUAUUUAGCUGUAUAUUUUAUAAUGUCUGUAUCAAUAAUUUCACAACAGUACAGUAACCAUGUAUGAGCCACAUUCUUUAUUUAUUACUUAAUAAAAUAAAAUUACUUAAGAGUAAUAAAGUAAAAAAUGCUCUGUUCAUUGUUUCACCAUGGGGUUUGAUUCACCAUCACUGAAAUCAAUUUAGAACUCAUUCACACAGGUUAAAAGCAAAAGAAAAGACCUGAGCUGCUUAUUUAAAACCAUGAAAUUUCCAUCAGUUUGUGAUAAAUUUAUACAAUUUUUUUUGUAUAAUGGUUAUGUUCUUUAAGCUGCUUUAAGUGCUAUAAAAAUAAAAUUUAAUUGAAUUGUAUUGAAAA